AUGAAAUUAGAUGCCAUAGAAUUGACGGCAAAACUAUUGAUAGAUUUGGACGAAAAGAUAGAGAAAAGUCUGGAAACGGACACAACUGUGAAGACAGUGAAUAAGUUCUCUCAACUCUAUAUCCCUCCGAAUGAGAACGAAAUCGCGAGCGUUAGGGAAGAAAAGUUUUCCGAAGUAUUGCGCGAUUUGGCAAAAAUGGAGACUCAGAUCCAGGAGGCCAUCAGACAGGCGCAGGUCAACCGACGCUACCAACUGGUGGCCCGAUUGCGACCGCUUCUCAAUUACGUGACGCAUAUCCGAAGAAAUAUGGAUUUGCUUCGCAACCGAAUGGUUGCCGUCACCACUCUCUCCACCAUUGCCUUCACUGUCAAUGAAGUGGUCGACCAGUUUGGAGAUGUCAUGACCAGCAGCUUCGGACUGCCCGGCGGUGUAGUCGUACCCGGAGAUAGAGUUGCCGUUUCUGUCCUCAAAGAGAAGCAAAACCAAUUGCUGUCCACACCUGUGGCCUCUAAUUUGGCCAAAAAUGAGACCUCAAACACCACCACACCUUCCCCUCCAACUCAACCCAAUCCCCUCCAACCCAAUGCCACUCAUAUAAGUUUAGGCAAAGGACUGUCUGUUAGAGAACAUCCGAUCGCAGGGCUGGGAAUACUUUAUAUAAACGUUGAGCGCUAUUACGAGUCAGUUGUGGUCGAGUUGUGCUCAGGACUAGUCGUUGUCACCAUUGGAUCCAUUCCGUGGCCAACUAAUUAA